AUAAUAAAAUCAAUCAUCACAAUCUGGUUUCUAUCAAAAACAAAAAUAUUUUGAUUCAAAUAGAUUUCAGUCAGGUCAAAUCUCAGUACAGGCAAUGGAUACAUCAAGAUACAUCAUAUUAAUCAAAUGGUGCUUAUUAGAAUUUGUAUCUUCAUGUCAUGCCUUUGAAUUUUUAGAAAAGUUUGGGGAAUGGAUAGGAGCGAUAGAAAAGAAAGAACUUCAGAUUUAUUAUUUCAAUUCUACUAGUCAACCAUUAACAAAAAUUCUUCCAAUUGUUAAUUCGACAUCUCAAGACAGUUGCAGCUCAGUGAAUUGUUUGUGUUCUGAUGAAAUAGCCAAUGAUUUCAUUACGGGUUCAUGUUCAGAUACAGUAGAAUAUUUAUUUGUGACAAUUGUCAUUUUAUUAUUUCUAAUGUUAUUUUUGUUCAUCAUGUAUUGUUCUGAGAGAAAGCACAACAGAAUGUUGAUAAAAGAAGCAGUUGAAGAAAUGUAUUGUCGUGAAUCUGCUCAAGAAGUUAAAGUUUCAACCAAAGAUUGUGAUCUAAACUCAGUCAAAAUUGAUUUGCAUGAAGAAGAAGAAAAAGCUCAAGAGAGUGUCGUAUCGAAAGCAGAGAAUUUCGAUUUAUAGAACUUUUCAUUCAUAACGAAAAUAUAAUGAGUAUUAAGUAAAAACCUAAUGUCUUCCACCGAUGAAUCUCCUGUAUUAAACGUAGAUAAACUUUCACAAAAAAUAUGUAAUAAAUAAAAAUAUUUGUUAAUC